AUGAGCACUACCCCCGUCCAACCUCUGCAGUCGGAGCCUCUGAUGGACUCCGAGACCGGCGUCGCUCCCCAGAUCGAGGCCCCCCAGGUCCCCGAGGGCCCCAAGAAGGGCAUCGACGAGCAGAUUUUCGACUACUUUGCCGAGCACCCUGUCCAGGCCACUGCCGCCACUCUGGUCGGUCUGUAUGCUCUGGGCGCUGUUUUCAAGCGUCCUGCUGCCGGCGCUCGAGGCCAGUUCUUCAAGGGCGGGUUUGAGAACAAAAUGGGUCCCUCCGAGGCUCUGCAAAUUCUGUCUCUUCGAGACGCCGGUCUGACCAUGAACAAGCUCAAGGGCCAGCACCGAAAGAUCAUGUUGCUGAACCAUCCCGAUCGAGGCGGAUCUCCCUACGUUGCCACCAAGAUCAACGAGGCUAAGUCUGUUCUUGAGAAGCGGGGAGGACUCAAAUAA